AGUGCGAGGAGGACUGCAGUUUCUGGUGCUGAUGGGAGAGCGGUCGAGGGACGUUAUUAAGGCAUUGUAACAUUAACCCUAAGUGCCUCUUUAGUGAAUGGGUAGCCUGUUGUGGAGAACAGGAUUACGGAUUUGCAGUUGUGCUGGGACUGUGGGUGCAGCCUAAAUGACGAAGUGGAACUUGUUCAAGCAUCAAACAACGCCCAUGGUAGCUGCUCAGCCAACGGGGGCCAGUGCCUUGACUGUGACCCCAGCCCCUGUCGCAUUAGUCUCUGCUGACAACACCACCGAACCAGUCGACAAGAACGAUGCCUUCGAUGAGAUCAAAAACAAGUUUCUGAAUGAGAUCGACAAGAUCCCACUGCCGUCCUGGGCCAUCAUUGCCAUUGCCGUGGUCGCUGCUUUACUCAUUCUAACAUGCUGCUUCUGCAUCAUCAAGAAAUGCUGUUGCAAGAAGAAGAAGAACAAGAAGGGCAAGAAGGGGAAGGGGGACAUGGGAAUGAAGAACAUGAAAGGGGGAGAGGAUGAUGAUGAUGAAGAAGAUGACGUUGAGCCUGGACUGACUGGAGAUGAGAAAGAGGAAGAAGUGAAGGAGAAAGAAAAGCUCGGGAAGCUGCAGUACUCCAUUGAUUAUGACUUCCAGGAAAACAAACUGGCUGUGGGAAUCCUGCAAGCAGCUGAUCUCCUCUCCAUGGACAGCGGUGGCACUUCUGACCCUUACGUCAAGGUCUUCGUCCUCCCUGACAAGAAGAAGAAGUAUGACACAAAGGUUCACAAGAAAACGCUCAAUCCUGUCUUCAACGAGAGCUUUACCUUCAAGAUUCCAUUCCAAGAGAUGGGAGGGAAGACUCUGGUAAUGUCAGUCUAUGACUUUGAUCGCUUCUCUAAACAUGAUGUCAUCGGUGAGAUUAAAAUACCCAUGAACACCCUUGACCUGGCAAAGGCAAUUGAGGAGUGGAAAGACCUGGACAGUGCAGAUCAAGAAGAGCCGGAGAAGCUGGGUGACAUUUGCAUCUCGCUGCGCUAUGUCCCCACUGCUGGCAAACUCACCAUUUGUAUACUGGAGGCCAAGAACCUGAAGAAAAUGGACGUGGGUGGACUGUCAGAUCCCUAUGUGAAGAUCAACCUGCUGCAGAAUGGAAAGAGGCUGAAAAAGAAGAAGACAACAGUGAAGAAGAACACUUUGAAUCCUUACUACAAUGAGUCCUUCAGCUUUGAGAUUCCUCUUGAGCAAAUGCAGAAAAUCCAAGCUGUGAUCACAGUGCUGGAUUAUGACAAGAUUGGCAAGAACGAUGCCAUCGGGAAGGUCUGGGUGGGAAACAAGUGCGCAGGGGCCGGGCUGAAACACUGGUCCGACAUGCUAGCCAACCCCCGUCGCCCCAUCGCCCAGUGGCAUCCACUGCAGCCAGAGGAGGAGGUGGAUGCCGCCCUCGCAGCCCUGAAUGCCAAGAAGUAAACUCCCACCAGAACACAUUGUCCUCCACUUCCACAUACCCAUACAUUUCCCAUCAUUUUCCCAGGUCCCACAUAUCAGUGUAUAUUCCAGAGAACACCUCUCCAACCUCC